GAAUGAACAGAAAGUGUAGUCGAGCAGGAGCCACCGUUAGAGGAAGGUGUAGAUGUACCGUUUGUAAGAUGGACCUCUAUAGACGAUUGUUUCUUUUCAAGGAGUUAGUGUUUCUGGCGUCUGAAUUCUUAUGCACAAUGGAUCACAGUGUUGGCAAUAUACUUUGCGAGUGAUGUGACAAAAAGAAUAUAAAAACAAAAUCGUGCUCAUAGCAAAUUUCUCUAGAAGAACGAAGGAAAUUUUUUUUAGAAGAAAGGGUGGUGUGCCUCGUUACAAACCCGCAAGAAUUGUGUUAGCCCCCUCAGCUGUUCUUGCGCAUGUUAUUUCGUCUGUGAUAAAUGUGUAAAUAUAUACUUCUAGUCAUUCCAAUCAUGUGUCCUGAGGCAUAAACUUGGUUCUCACCUGUAGAUUACUACACAAGUCUCGCUUUUCACAAUAACUACCAAGAUGGUUAAAGACUUCCUCACCAGGAGUAAAACUCCUACAUUGCCCAAUGAAGACGUCUACGCCAAACUAAAGGACGGUGGUAUCUGCCCAAUCUGCAGGAUGCCGUUCGACAAAGGCAAGAAGCGAAAACUGAUCGACCAGUGUGGCCAUGAGAGGUGCUACUCUUGCCUCUUCAAGUCCGAGACCUGUCCAAUAUGUGCUCUCCAAGCACCUCCGAAAAAGAUACAACAUUCACAGUCUCGGACGUCGUUGUCGCCAGCAGGAGGCCAGGGACGAUCCAAACUCCUCACAAAUGGCACCUUCACAUCCUACUUCAAAGGUGGAGUUGACCCAGGACUCCCUCCAGAGCGGCCUUCCCCAUCCCGUUCAGUUUCCCCUCGUCGAGGAACCAUGAGUCCCCUCUAUGCCUCAUCCGCUCCACAGGGAAUCAUGACACCUGCACAAAACAUUUAUGCGCCCCUUGGUGUCCCUGGGAAGGAGACACCCUAUGGCACACCACCCACCUAUUCCUCUUCCUCCUCCCGUUUCAUUCCCUCGCCUGCUCCACCGAAAAGUGUUGGAGGGACGCCUUCCAGUGCCCGCCGACGAGGGGGUUUCAGCCCUCGCAUACCCCCUCUCUCUCCUUGGUCCAGAAGGUCCCCAAGGCCUAACACCGUCAACGUGGACUCAGCACACCACCUAACAGCUCUGCUCUCAUCGUCGGACAAGAAGAGCUCGAAAAAUAUCAGUCUUGCUCGCAGGAUAAAAUCCCUCUGGAGUAUAGAUGAUGAGUGUGAAGGAGAGACAGAGGCUGCCAGUGGAGGUGGCGGCGGUGCUGAAGCUAAGGAUGGAAGUGAUCUUUAUAUGCGACUCGGUCUCCUCCUUGGCGAAGGUGCAGCACCUCCGUCUUCAGCGGCACGUCAGCCUCGAGCUGCCUCUUCCCAUACAUCCUUCAGUUCUCUCUCUGCUUCAUCAGAGGUCAACACCACGGCUUCAAAUAAUACAAGUCCAGUUUCCACCUUAAAUGGCUCCUCUGAGGCUGACCUAAGACUCCCAGGUGCUCGAGACCCAUCAGUGGAAAGCAUGAAUUCACUCAUGUCUCAUGGUGCUGGCUCUUCUAAUGCUUCAGCCUCCCCCACUACUACACCUCGCAGGCACUCAGUCACAACAUCACAGCCUGGCCAAGUGGAGGAACUGAGUCUGUUUGGAAGACGGCGGUCCUCUGUCCGACGCUCAGCUCGUAAUGCGCACGUGAAAGGCCCGAUAGAUCCCAAAGUGCGGUUUGCCAGUUACCGAGGCGCCCAGCUGAGCUUACGACCGUUGUUCUUUGAAGUACCACAGCAAGACCCUGAUCCUCUCUUUGUUGGCCGUGCCUGGCUCUAUCGUGAGAUAGAAGCUCACAUUACUUCUGAAGUUCCUACAAAUCGUGGUAUAAUUAUCACAGGAAAUGUAGGAGCUGGUAAAACUGCAGCUAUUUUGCAGUUGGUAGAGUACAGUUGCUUUGGCCGAAAGAGAGAUGAAUCCAUAUAUCAAGACCCAUACAGCAAGAAUGGUGGAUCUACAUACAGUCGCAUCAGCUUGAUCCCCGAAGGUGUGAAAUCCCUGGCUUCUAGAGUUGUAGCCUAUCACUUCUGUCAGGCAGAAAAUUCAGUCACUUGCCUCGUUCCUGAUUUUGUGCACUCCAUUGCAGCACAGUUGUGUCAAGCACCACAGCUUCAUGCUUAUCGUGAUCUACUGUUGGCAGAGCCCCAAACUCAGGCUCUGUUAGCACUUCCAGCUUGCAUUAGUGACCCAUCAUUAGCCAUGGUGAAAGGCAUACUAGAACCUUUGCACAAUCUUCGACGUUUAGGAAAAAUUGGACCAGAUCCUCUACUAAUUGUAGUAGAUGGACUCUGUGAGGCAGAGUAUCAUCGACCAGAUCAUGCUGACACACUUGCAUCAUUUUUAGCUCGCCAUGCUGUAAAACUACCUGCUUUUGUAAAGCUGGUGGUGAGCGUUCGAACGCAGCUAGCAGACUUGACACAACUCCUACCUUUCCACCACAUCUCCCUUGACCCAGAUCAGCGUGCAGAUCCUGCUGCAGACAUGGCAACAAGAGAUCUGUGUGAUUAUGUAGGUUUUCGUUGUAUGCAUUCACCCACCAUAAGGUCAAAUAUCACAGUAACACAAGGGAAAAUAGAAGGUGGUUCCUCCCAGCAUCGCUUCACCCAACACGUGGUCGCCCAGAGCAGAGGUUCAAUGCUUUACAUCAAGCUCAUUCUGGAUCUCAUUGAAAGAGGUCAUCUUGUUAUGAAAUCAGGAUCUUUUAAAGUUCUACCUCAGUCAUUGAAUGAGAUCUUCCUUUUGCUUUUCAACCUGAGGUUUCCCAGUGUGCGCAGUUUUGAAAAGGUCGAGCCAAUUUUAAAUGUGGUAUUAGCAUCUUUAAAUCCUCUUACUUUGCCUGAUAUAUAUCACUCAGUUAAUGCAGGCCUCUUAUAUAAAUUCCUAUCUUGGGAUGAAUUUCUCAGUAGUUUCAAGAUCCUAAAUUCAUUUUUAGUCAAAAGAUUGGAUGAUACAUACAUGCUUUUCCAUCCUGCACUUAGAGAAUGGCUUGCACGGCGUGCUGAAGGGGAAUCAGCCAAAUUUGUCUGUGACACAAGAGCAGGUCAUGCAAAUUUAGCUUUAAGAAUGUCAAGACUGGAGUGGCCUUUGGAUGCUGAAGCCUCCUUAGAACUUGGUCAUCACAUUUUGAAGGCUCAUGUCUAUAAGAACAUGGCACGUGCCCUUCCACUGUCUCCACGUGACCUCCAAGCACUCUGGCUUGCACAGUCAUCUCAUAAUGUAUCACAGGCACUAGCAUGUACACGGAACUUAUACAGCCCCAAUACCAAGGUCUCGAGGUUGUUGCUUCUUGCUGGUGCCUCUCCAGAUUAUCCAAGUGAACAUCUCCAUAACUCUCCAAUCCUAGGAGUAUGUGCUCACCAAGGUCACACAGAAAUGGUUGCACUUUUAAUAGAAUUUGGUGCUGAUGUUAAUCAAACUAACAGUGAGGGAGUAACAGCACUUGGACUUGCUGCUGCACGUGGCCAUUGUGAUGUGGUGAGACUCCUUGUUCAGGCAAAUGCAUCAUUGACUAUGAAGGAUAAGCAGAAUCAAACACCUAUGGUUCAAGCAGCUGCUGCAGGUCAUUUGAAUGCAGUAGGCUAUCUCCUUUCAUGUGACUGGCCAGGACCACAUGACUUACUCAGGAAUCAGGCGCACCAGUCUCUUGUUGCUGCUGCUUCUAAUGGACAUAGUAAUGUGGUUGAAUUUUUAUUAGACAUGGCAGAAGUUAGUGUUGACGGUGAAGAUACAAUUACAGGCGAGACAGCAUUAACUGUUGCUGCAGGAGCAGGCCACACAGCAUUAGUUGCAGCUUUAUUACGAGCAGGAGCUAGUAUAACAAGAACAAAUUCUAGAGGUGCCUCACCUCUCACUUGUGCUGUAAAGAAUGGACAUUAUGAGGUCGCCAAAUUGCUACUAAGCCAAGGAGUCGUCGUUGAGAGUCCUGAUGCUUCUGGCCGAACACCUCUCAUGGUAGCUGCAGCAGAAGGACACUUAGGCCUAAUGGAGCUGCUAAUCUCACGAGGUGCCUCAAUCUCAAGAACAGAUAGGGAAGGUCUCACUCCUUUGGGUUGGGCUUGCCUUCGGGGUCAUGUGCAUGCUGUCCAGUAUCUGGCAGAUUGUAAUGCAGACCUAAAUCAUGCUGACAAGACUGGAAGAACACCACUUGACCUAGCUGCCUAUCAGGGUGACCCAAUUGUUGUACAAUUUUUACUUGACAGAGGUUCAUUAGUGGAACAUGUUGAUAUAAAUGGAAUGAGACCUCUUGACCGUGCUAUCAGUGCCCGCAAUGCCGCAGCCGUGCAGUGUUUCUUGCGACGCGGUGCAAAGCUGGGUCCUGCUACAUGGGCAAUGGCAGCUGGCAAGCCUAAUAUUCUAAUAAUGCUGCUAAACAAACUGCAAGAAGAUGGAGUGGCUUUGUGUAGGAAAGGUCGUUUAAAAGAAGCUGCCCACCGGUUCUCCUAUGCUUUACGUAAGCUACCCACUGGGGACCAAGGAGAACACACUUCAACCUUCUCUCAUCUCCGAUUACAUCUUACUCUUAAUCUCUCACGCUGCAAAAGAAAGAUGAACGAGAUUGAUGAAGCAAUACAGCUAGCUGAUAAUGCUUUGGAGAUGAAAAGCGACUCGUACGAAGCAUAUUAUGCUCGUGCAAGAGCCAAGAGGGAAGCUAAGCGUUUACAAGAAGCCCUUGAAGAUGUGAAUGAAGCUGUGAGGUUAGCUCCCCAAACAAGAGAUGUACGCCGCGUUCUCAUUAAAAUUCGUGAUGAAAUGCAAGCAGAGCUGGACUCCUGCGCUUCUACAGACCUUGCACAACUUCGCCAACUAGCUGCUUCAGUUGACACAUUAUCUGAAGCCGACCUUCCUAUGACAUCAAGCAUCCUGUCAGAAUCUGGAUACUCUUCAAAUAUUUAAAUGUGAAGGGUUAAUCAGCUUUUAGACUCCAAACAUUUUAGUUACGAAAAAAUAGAAAAAAAAGAAAAAAAUUUUUUUUACAUGUUUUAGUUAUCCUGGAGUCUUGAGCUUUAGAGGAAGCAUAACAUUAGGAGUUCUUUAAAGAAACUGUGUAGGUUAUAAGAAAGUUUUGAAUGAGUCAGCGCAGAAUAGUCAGCCCCUGUGCAUCUAUGAAGCCAAGAUGUAUCCAGACAUGACUUACCGGAUUUAUCUUGUUUCCACUCUGUACUUGGAGAUAAUAACCAUAAUAAUUCCAUUCAAGAAUUCCACUUGAUUUGAGACUUAACCCAUAAGCUACCAUGAGCCUUCUGAGAGAAAACUAAGAAAAAAUGCUAUUUUGUUUCAUGUCUCAUUUCUCUUGUCCAGCGUUCAUAAUGCCAUUCGUUUGUGAAUAUCCCUUUUUGGUACGUUCUUGUGGCGUUUACUUGUGAUGAAAGUCUUCAUAUUUUAAUCUGCUGCAUGCUAAAAUUUUUUUAUAUAUAUAGCAGGUAUUUAUUUUGCUACUGACAAAUUAGAAUUUAAGGCAAUCUCAAAAGGCUCAUGUUAUGGACUCUGUUUAUUCCUGAUUGUGACUGUAUAUCCACACUCAUGGUGAUCCUACAAUCUCUGGCUGGCUGGGUAAGCUUGCCAAGACUGGCCUUAACAAGCUGGCUGAGACUCACCUGAUGUUGACCUCUUGAUUUGGACUCUUGUAAAAAUUUCCUUUGGUGGCCAGAGCUUUAGCUUCUUGCAAGUAAUUUUUUCCCAAUUUGGCUCUUUCUCUGGCCCCAUGUAAUUGAGAUGAUGUCUCUAGCAUUCUUGAUCCUAAGGUAGUGCUUUGGUAAUAUUGUUUCUCUUCCCGAGAGCAGUUGUCUUCUCGGAGCAUUACUGGAGGGUUGAUUCCUACAGCACAUCAUUGUUAAGGAGAGUGGCUAGACCAGCAUUUAGACCCAAUCAGCCCACUAACCAUCUGUAGAAGGUGUGCUGACUGUUAGCUCAUUGUUGCUAAGGAUUUUUGUACAAUAUUAUUCAACAUUUGAAUAAAAUUCUUAAAAUUAAAUCAUGAACUUGACAAAAGCAUAAAUUUUGGUUAAAAAUAAAAUCCUUGGCAGCACUGCAUUUUCCUGCAUGCCUAAUGUAUGGCUCUAACAUCAGUACUGUGCACUCUGUCAUUAGUCAUCACGUGAUAGUCGGUGCUUGUGAUGUUAGAAAAUUUAAAAAAAAAAGCAAAUAUAAAAAGUGUGGUUAUACCUAGAUCCGUAUGAAUGGUGGAGUACGCCUGAUCAUAUUCCUGCCUGAAUGAAGUGAAUAAUUGGGUAUGCCUGGGGAUGAUUGUGUUAGCCACCUGCCUGUUUGUGGUAUGUUUAUAUUUAUCCCCAUGUAAUACUGAGACACUUGUGAUAUCUAUAGAGACCUACUGAAUCUCCUGGAUGUCAUGAUAUGCUCAUCUCAAUAUUAGGGAGGCAGGGCAUGGAUGACUUACAUUUUACCAGUGUUAGUGAAUGUAUUAUAUGUUAUUAUAUGUUUAUUGUUAAUCAUCCUCUUAUCAUAGCUUAUUCUAAAUGUUAUAAGUGACCUUGCCCAAGUGCCCUUAGCAGCCUUCUGUCUUUCCUUAUUAGUGUAUCCUCCAAUUAAAACAGUGUUCAGUUUGCUGCUAACAUAUCCUGCCUCUCUAUAUAUCCCCCCUCGGAGUGUUAACUUGUAAUUGUCAAGUUGUGUGUCAAUUUGGGAGGUUAGGCCCUGGACAAGAACAGAAACCUGAAGAUGUUUAGGCUUCAAAGAUAAUUAGGGGCAUCAGCAGUAGCGUGAUUGAAAAGUCUGCAUUUGAAUUGGUUUUUGCAAGUCCAUAUCUAACCCUCCUUGAUUAGAAAGAAAUCUAAUUGGUUAUAAUUAUUAGUUAAUGAUUGGCACUUCUUAAAUUGGCAUCCACUAUUACACACUCCGCAAUAGUCUAAACUGGGUAUAUCAAUAUAUGGCAUGACCCCAGAAAUAUUCACAUAAAUACAGGUAGACCUCUUUAUAUUUCAAAGAGGGCUUUUCUGAUUGUACAGAGACUAUUCCUAUAUGGAGGAAUAUAGGAAAUCAGUGUAGCUUUUAAGUACUACACAGUAAUGUGUAGCAUUGACACAUGGGUUGCCCAUGUGUCUUUAGGGGUCAUUAACAUAGGUUUACUGAGUGAAUUUUUCCUAAAUUCUCUUUGUACAGUAACCUUAAGCUAAAAUGGCAUAGGGGUGAAGAAUGUGUAUACACUGUGUGAAUGACGCCCACGGCGUAAGUUGCUAGUCAUUUUUAAUAGAAUUAAGAGUGAUGGUGACGACAGGUUCAUGAAGUAGCAAUGCAAUUUUUUAUACAUACACCUACAUAAACAUAUAGAGAAUUAUAUAAGAAAACAAAUAAAACAUAUUCCAGAAUAUAAGGAAACAGAACUUUCUAUCUCCUUUUAUUAGUUUUAUAUAAUGAUUAUCUUAGUCUAAAUGCUACAAUGACUUGUCUAAGAAUUGUAAUGUGUUGUUAUGCAGAACUCACAAUUAAGUGAAAUAUAGACUUGAUCUCUUUAUUACUAUUAUAUUCCUGAUCAUUGUGCUGCCAAAAUUUUUUAUAUAUUGUAAUAUGUGCUGUAUAUGUAAUUGAAUGGUCUGCUAUGCAUUAAAUAUGUCGAGGUAAAUA